AACAUCAGUUCCUCUAAUUACGGGAAUUAAUAAGACAGUCGUCCUAAUAGAUGUUCAUCUGAGUGUCAGGUUUCCAUGAAUCUGUAAUUAACACCAGUAAGGAAAUCAGGAGAACAUGCACAAUGAUCAGAACGUCUCUUUCAAGAACAUACCCUGGGCAUUGACACUGGAAGAACACAGCAUUAUUGGCCUAGUUUUCUACUGCUUCAUGCUCUUCUUCGGCAUUGUAAUCAAUGUCACUGCACUGUGGGUAUUUUUUCUGUCCACCAAGAAGAAAACGUCCAUUACGAUCUAUAUGAUCAACAUAGCCAUAGUAGACCUGGCGUUCAUUUGCCUUUUGCCAUUGCGCUUGGUGUACUACUUUCAGCAAAGAUGGGCCUUCGGAGACCUGCUGUGUCGGAUCUGCACCGCCAUUACCGUAUUCUAUCCAGCUAUGGCACUCUGGCUCUUUGCUCUGAUCAGUGCCGACCGCUUCGUCGUGUUAACGCAGUGUCGACACAGCAACGAGCUGAAGAACGUCAGCAAAGCCGUGCUGUCCAGCGUGGGUGUCUGGAUCAUGGUCUUAGGGAUCAGCCUACCGCUUCUCUUCAUCAAGCAGGACCCUGACCAGGCCUCCAACUUCACCACCUGCAGCAAAAUGUUUGACGUGGCACAGCUGCACGUGGACGGCGCCGUGAGCUUCGUCAGGCUCGUCUUCUACUUCCUGGUGCCCGUCUGCAUCAUAAUCAGCUGCAACACCAUCAUUCUGAACAACCUCACAUGUGGCCGAGCGGCGAAACUCAAGUCCAAGAUGAAAAAGCAGUCUGUCCGCAUCAUCGUCACAUUGCUGCUGCAGAUAGUCAUCUGCUUUGUGCCUUAUCACAUCUGCUUCAUCAUCCAGCUGGUGAGACCCCGAACAGACGAGCUCAGGACCUGGUCCUCCAGCGUGGGAUGCCUGAUGAACCUCAGCACGAUCCUGGACAUCCUCCUCUUCUACAUCGUGUCGAAACAAUUUAAAGAACGGGUCAUCAGUGUCGUCCGGUACAGAAACUAUCGGCGCAGCCGCCGCAGAUAUAACCACGCUGCCUCAGUUGUGAUUUGAACCAACAAGAGCUGGUACAGAGCUGGGAGGAAGCAAAAAUGUGGACUGUCUGGCAGGGGGCUCAGAGGAAGCAAAAACAUGGAUCGACUGUGGGUUCACAAGGACUGGAUUGAGUAACACUGCCAUAGAUUCCUCCUUCUUUUGCUUGUAUAGUGUACAAACUUACUGCAUUUGCAAAUAUAUUUACAAAUGAGCCUUUGAUGUUAGAAAAAACAUAUACAAAUA